CGUCAACCUGAACCCAUUCGUGUCGCGAAAAUUUACGAAAAACUCUCUCCCUCUCGCUCAUACGCCGUAGUGAAAAUGAUUUCGCCAUGCAGAACUUAGUGUUCGCAUUAUUGUUGUAUAUAGACAUACUAUAUUGUAUACAUAUAAAAUGUUCAGUUUGUAGUGAUUUGUCAAUAUUAUAUUAGUCAAUUAAUUUUUUUUUUUUAAUUUUUUUUUUGUUUCGUUCCUGGUUUUAUUUUAUUUUGUUUUAUUAAUUUUUUACAAUUUUUUGUUAUUUCGUUUUAUUCAUCAUCUACAACACACAACCAUUUCACGGACGACAACACGGUCCUGUCGCGCUGCCUCGAGCUAGUGGGUGUUGCUGUGCGCGCGCGUGUGUGCAGUGUAUAAUAAAUCGCGUAUUCGACGUAUUUUGUGUGUAAUAAGCCGGAAGAAUUGAUCUACGAUAAAAUAUCAAUUCGCUGCGUUUUGUUUGUAUUGGUACACGAUAACUACAGCUACCUAUAUAGUAUCUACAAUCACAUUCGGUGAACACCAAUUGAACACAACUUUGACGGGACGAUUGUACACCUAUGUUGUCACAGGCAUGAAUAUUACCCUGUACUCAAUGUGGCGCCCAAUCAAAUGGAUAGGGACAAUGUGACUGCUAUGGAAACUGAUAAAAUAGUGGACGACGAUAUCGGUAAUCCUCAGGUAAGAUAUUAAUUUGUGUUAGAUCGGUACACGAUAAUAUUAUGCUUGAAAUCCAAUAUUAUAUUCCCAUUCUAUUUGCGUGACUACCAUUAUGUACAUUCUCUAGUUGUAGACAUCAAGGUAGUUAAUUUGCUUACAGUUGACAGGUAUAACAGGUUCAAAAUGUAGGUUUAAAACCAUCUAAAUAUAUAGGUAGACCUACUUUGCCAGAUGUACCUACUUAUAUUACAUUUUUAUUUUAUUUUUUAUCUCGUUGAGAACGAUAAGGUUUGGAAUCACUUUGGUUAGGUAUUUAUUUCAGUAUUUACUACCUAUCUAAUAUAGAUAUCUAGAUUAGCUUGGCUAUUUUUGUUUUGUAUAGCUUAAGAAUUAUUUCUGAAUAGAUACCUAGUUAGGUAUAGAUAAGUACCUAAUUUUUUUUUUUUUGAAAAAAUAUAUUUAUUACAUACAGGUUUUAUAUUUUCAUGUAAGUGAACUACAGAAAUCAUACAUGCAAAUUAUAUUUACUGCAUACUCUGGGGCAUACUCACCUACAUCAUAAUAGCUCAGUACCUGUCAUUAUUAGUUAUAGGUAGGUAGGUAAGUUAUUAGGUAAUAACAAUUUAGUAUUCAGUCUUCAGUAUUGAUUAUUUCUAUGUAGAUAUGAAACUAUGUUUUCACGUCCAACGUUUAACUCCUGAUUGGUUGUAAUAUUAAUAAUGAUAUCUUAUUUUAUAACAUUACAGACCAAGUCUCAAAAAAUAUAACAAGUGAUUUAUAUAAAUAUAAUAAUACAAAAAAAAAAUGUACAGAUAUUUAGUUAAAAUAAUAAUAAAUAACAGUAAUAAAAAUAUUAAAUAAAUGUUGUACCUACUGCUCUGUGGUAUUGAUAAAUACUCAAGAUAUACCUAUUAACCAAGGUAGUGAGGUAAAAUUAUUUUAUUAAUAUACAAACAAUUAAUACAUGGUUAGGUAUUGUAAUACAACACAAAUACAAUGUGAAAAAAUCAUGUCAUAGUAGAAUAUAGAAAGUUAAUAUUUGUUAUUUUGGUUUAGGUUUUAUAUUUCAGAUUCAAAAUUGGGUUCAUAUAUGUAUAAAUAUAGUAUAGGUAUUAGUCAUUAUUAUUUAGUGUUGUUUUUUUUUCUUUAGUUAAUUGUGAGAUAUGAACUGGCUAUUUUACAGUUAUUACUAAACCACUGUUUUGCUAUGUAAUUAUCAUUUACUUACUCUCACUCGUAUAAAAUAAGACCAUUCUAAACACCAAUUGUAGCAUCUUCUGUAUACAUAGAACAAAUGCAAAGCGUAAUGUUGUUUUUUUACAUUAAUUUUAUAUUAGACGGUAAUUAAACCGUCUGUUGUACAAAAAUGUUGAAUUAUUUUAAACGUUAUAUCGUCUAUAAUUGUAUUUGAUAAGUUUUCAGGUAUAUCGCUUUUCAGCUAAUUAGAUGUUUUAUUUAAAUUGCUAUACAUUUUUAAUUUUAAGUUAUUUGUGAUAAGUAGUAGUAAUAUCAUUGUUAUCAAUGUUAUAACCAGGGCUCAGACUUUAUAGCAUUGAAAAUAACUGAAGUAUGUGCUAUAAUAUGACCUAAAAAAUCUUAAAAUAAUAUAAUAUAUCAUAAAAAAUGUGAAAAAAUAGAUUAUUAUGUGAAAUGAAAAUAUAAUACAUAUAAAUAUUUUUCUUAUAUAUUCACAUAAAUAACAGAUUUUCUUUAUUGUUUAUGAAAAGUACUAAAAAAAUAUUAUAUUAUGCAUAUUAGUAAAAACCAGAACUAAAAAUCAAAAAUACUUCAAAUAUGCAAAAAAUAGCAGUAUAAAAUUUCAUAUUUGGAUUCUAGUUCAUAAAACAAAACAUAUAUAGUAUUCUCUGAUAUUUUUUCUGUAUCUUAUAAUAAUUAAAAAAUGCUAUAAAAUCCGAACCCUGGUUAUAACUAAUUGGGGAGGAAAAGUUUAGCAUUGAACGUGAAAACAUAUAGUUUCACUCCGGACAUGGAACUAGAUACUGCCUAAUCUAAACACUAAGAAAUAUGGUAAAAAUAUUAGGGUAGUAUCUAUCAUUGAUUAUAAUUAUUAAUAAAAUCAAUGGUACUUUUAUGUAGUUAGGGUACUAAUAUUUAUAAUUAAAUACACAAUAAUUUAAAUAAUUCUGCCAAUCAUAUAUAUUCAAAUACUUUUAUAGUUGUAUUCUUGUAAAUAUUUAACAGACUAAUUUUAUGUAGGCUUCAAUUAUUUUGUAAGAUUAAAUUUACCUACCUUUAUUUUACUCUUUAUAUUUUAUUUUCAAAUAAUUAGUGGUAGGUACACAUAAACUAGUUUAAAGGUAUCUCAGUACAUAAUAAUAUUUAUCUAUAAAUAUAUUUUGAAAUAAAAUUUUGUUGAAUUGUUAAUUUUCUAAACAAAUUUGAAGUUUAUGAUACUUUAAAUUAUUUUUACUGUCGCUAAUAAAUAAUCCCAAUUGUUUCACCAAUUCAAACACCAACUUUUUCAUAAAAAAUGAUUUUUAUUUCAAAAUAUAUUAAUAAAAUGACACUUGGAUUUUGUAAAGAAAAAAACAUUUUUAUUUUUAGUGUUUUUAAAAAAUGUUAAUUAAAGGAUUCAAGUCUAGUACUUAAUUAUUACAAAAAAAAACUUUUAAAUAUUGAACAGAAAAAAGUAUUGCAUUUGUUAGAUCUAAUAUGUUAAGCUUAUUUAUUGCUUAAAUAUUUAGGUACUAUAAGUUUUCAUAGAUAACUGUUUCUGAAAAAUUAAGGAUUUUUAUUUGAUAUCAUAAAUAUAACAACUAAGGUACUACUAAUCUUGAUUACAUUGCUAUCUAAUAUGUUGAAACUUCUGUUGUAACAUAAAAUCAAAAAAUGUGUGAUAUUAUCCAAUUUUUUUGUUGUUAUAAUGGUAUAUCAUAUUAUAUUUGACUUGGAUACAUUUAUGUCUACAACUUUGAAUUAAAGAUGAAUAUAUUAAUUAAAAUGGAUCAAUUUGACCUAUUUAAAAAUUAAAAUUAUAAUAUUUAAACAACAUAGGUAUCUACCUAAAAGACUGGUUUUUUUUUAUGAGAACAGAAAAAAAUCUUUCUAUUGACCUACAUUUUUAAAUUUGAUUAUAGAAACUUAUACAUUUACAUGUUUAUAUAUGUAUAAAAGUUAACAAUUUUUUUUUAUCAAACAAUAUAAAAUAAUCAUGUUAAGUUUUUGUACCCAAAGAUAUUUUAUAAUUUUGAAUAUUAUUAAAAAAAAAAUCAAAAAUGUAUGUUAAGUUAUAGAUAUUUUGGAAACAAACCUUUUAAAAUAAUUACUCAAAACCAAAUUAUAUUCUACAAUACCAUAAGAAUAACAAAUAUUAAGUUCUUUUUAAAUUACCAAUAUAAUAUGUGUAUAAGUAAGCUUAAGCUCUGGUUUGAAGGGAAUGUUAAUUUCUAUUAGCUUUAAUUUAGUAAAUCAAUUUCUUAUACCAAUAAUAAUGAUUAAACUACAAAAUUCAUAAAUAUAUGGUAUCUAUUUUAAUAUUAUAAUAACAACACUUACCUAUGAUUGAAUGUAAGUUAAUCUAGCUUAGUUUUAAAAUUUAUCUAAUCGGUAUUUUAUUUUUUGAUGUUUUUUUAACAAAAUUAUAUUUACUUAGGUUAUACCUAAGGUACCUUAUAUUAAAUAUACUAAUACUAUAAUCCCUCAAAAUAAAUCCUCUAGGUAGUAAGUGAGAUGCUAAGGUAAUAAAGUUUUUUAUUUACCUAUAUUUUCUUUGGAAGAAAUUAUAAGUAUUUACUUACCAACUAUAUAUUAUAAUCAAUGAUUUGAUAUGAUUUUAUCAAUCACUUAUACAAUUUGAUUAUAAUAUAUUUUCUUGAAUUCCACAUGGUUGGUGCACUUCAUCUAAGAAUUAUCAUGAGUGAUGUAAAUAAUAUUGUUAAAAUAAUUAAUAUUCUUAAGAAGAGAAAAGGUAGAUUUUCUCAUAGCAGUGUUUGAAUGGGAACUUCUAGGAAAGAUCUCGUGGUGUGUACCUAUGACAUGGUGGAUUGAAGUCUGAGAGUAAAUUACUAGCGGAAAUCAGUGUACAAAUACGCCUGGAAAUCACCAAAAUCUUUGAUAAUCUAAUAGAAUAUUGUUGGUAAUCUUAUAGUAAAUCGUGGUUUUUUGGAAUCAGGUGUACACAAUUUUCAUUGGUGUUUUUCCUCUGAUUGAAGUAGUCCAUGGAUGUAUAUGAAGAGAUAUUCCAUGACAGGGAUCGAUGGUGUAUUGGCAGUUAUAAUUCCUAGAAAGUUACAAAGGCCACAAGAAUAUUAAAAUUUCAUAAUGAUCCCCAUCAACUCACUCAACUUUUUUUCGAGACUUUUUAAUACUUGAUAUUAUUAUGCUAAUAUAUUUCAAAUUGUUCCAUUGAUAUUUGGUGUGUCUCUUUAAUUUGUAAUUACAAGUGUAAAAUUAUUUUGAUUAUCAUCUUAAAUUAGUUUUGGAUGUUAUUAUGGGUAUUUAAGUACCGUCUAUCGGUAAAUAUAAAACCUUUUUUCUUGAUGAUAAAUUUUACCUUUACAAUUCUACUCUCUUACAGUUGCUAGAGGUUCAUUGACCCCUAAUUAUACGGAUUAUACGGACCGGGACGACUCGGAUGAAUAGAAUCUUCGUUUUGCUCUAGUUUUUUUCUUUGAUGACAAAAUAAUAAUCAAACUAUUUUUUUGUUCAUUAUUAUUCAUUCAUUACAUAUAUUUUAAAAAAAAACUUCGGUAGUUUUUAAAAACAGCCAAUUAAUUAUUCUAGAAUUAUACAAAUUUAUUUAUUGUUUUAUAUUGUUUUUACCAUGUGUUGUUAUCAUGGUAUCGUAUCUGGCAGUGGUCUGUCUAUUCACAGUUGAUUAAAGUACCAUCGUUAUCAUUUUGUUGUUAUCAUCCAAAAUAUAGAAUAUGAAUGGUAAAUAAAUGUUUUAGUAUAAGAGUGGUGAAUCACGGGAACUAAUUUAUAUGCACGUAAAAUCCACAAAAAAAUAUUAAAAAGUCUUCUAAAAUAUAUCUAAUAGAACAAUAAUGGUAAUGUUUUAAAAGAUCCCCCUUCUCUAAUGGUUUUAACUUAUUUAAAAAUUGUAACAUUUAACAAAUGAUUAUCACAAAAUAAUUUUUAUCAAAUAAAGUUUUACGUGUUAUUUAAAAAGAAAACUUAAGUGUUAAUCGUGUUAAUAAUGACUUGUCAGUGUUAGAGAAUUUUAUUUAAUAGGGUUACAACCGUUAUAGGGAGGAUUUUAAAAACCCCUCUACCACUUUUACUUUUUUAAAUAUUUUUAAGUCUUUUUGACGAUUUAAGCGAUUUUUUGCGGAUUUAAAUGCAAAUAAAUCCGUUCCCUAGUGAUGAUUAUUUUAUAAAUAAUAAAACGUUUUUGAAAUACUGAUAAUUAUAUGUGAUUUCUAUCUAUUAUGUUUUCUAUGUGAUUUAAUUACAGAUUUUUUUAAACUGAAAAUGUUGGGUUAUUACAUCAUUAUAUUUUGUUUUCUGAUGAAGUAUAAACAUUAAAAUUGUAAUUUAUUAUCCGUAAACAGUGUAAGUAUUUCGAUAUUACAAAAUGUGUAAUAGAUAGAUAAUAAAUGGUAAAACUAUUAUAGGAAAAUUAAUUGCCACCAAAUUAACGCAUAAGUCAUAUUAAAAUAAAUAAUAAAUAAAAAAUGAUUAUACAAAUAAUUUAAAAUUAAAUUGUUAAAAUUGUAAAUUGUUUAUAAUUUAUUUUUUUUAUGCGAUUUGUUAAAUCUAAACCAUAAGAUUUUUUUUUUAUUGGUCACACAAUUUUUCUAAAUGAUCUUUCGAAUCAAUUAGAUAAGUUAAAUAUAACAUUUUUUUUUAAAGUUUUUCUAUAUUUUUCAGGAAUAUGUUUGAUUUAUCUAAAACUUUUUCAAGACAAUUAGAAUAUAUUUUAAUGUCAUCCAUUUCGAUAAAAUCUUUUAUUAUCUAUACAUUUUAGAUGAUAGCAAAAAAAUAAUAACGAUGGUGUUCUAAUCGACUGCGAAUAGAAAAACACAUCGGGUAGUCGUCCAACGUCUAACUGUAACAGAAAAUACCGCAGUUAUCAAGGUUCGACAAUUAUCCAGUAUACUAUUUCAUAUAACUUGUCUGCUGUUUUCAUAAUAUAUUUGAAAUCUGGUUUAAACCUGGUACGACAGACAACUUUAUUUGGGUAACAAAGUGGUUAUAUUAUUUUGCUAACGCGAAUAUUUAUAAAUUAUACAAUUACCACCUAUGUAUAGAAUAUAAUAUUUCGUCGAAUUAUUUUAAAUAAAUUAUUUUUUGUUAAAAUGUAUAGGUAGGUAGGUAUGGUAUUAUAUCUGGUGAUUUAAGUAUCUUAGUUUAGAGUAUUAGCAGUGGUGAUUUUCUAAUUUUGUCUUAUUACACGUGCAACAUAGUAAUUUAAACGUGUUCUAUUUUUAACCUACUGAUUUAUCUAGUAUUAAGGUUAUAAGAAAUCUGAAAGCAAAUUUGAAUUUUUCGUCAACUCUACUUAAGAUUUCUCAUUUUUUUUUUUUUUUUUUCAUUACAAUUUCCCAAAUAAUAAUUAACAUUUUUAGUAUGACCUUUUUAGGAUUUAAGAGGAAAAAAUGUAGGGAAAUCUAUUUUAAGUAGACUUGACAAUUUCAAAACUGUAUUCAGAAUUCUUAUCGUUUCACUAGACUAAUCGGUAUGUUGGUAUGUUCACACAUGUAAAAUAUGUUCUAUGUUACACGUGUGUAAGACAAAGACAGAAUAUCACUGCUUCCAAUCCCCGUUUAAUUUAAAUAACAACUUCGGGUUUAAAAAUUACUUUUCAACUACUUGUAAAAAUUGGUACCUUGAUAAUUUUUACUACGUAUUGAUUAAUUUUAUAUUCUAUUACGUAUGCAUUUGUUCGAUUUUAAUGUAUUUUAAAGGUAAUUAGAAUUCCAUUUCCAGUUAACAACACAAUUACAACAUUACAAUAACAAUUAUACCAAUCAUUAUUGUUAGUAAGACUAAGACAAAUAAUAUGCAAAGAAAUCGUGUUUGAAAAUGAAUUGUUUUUCGAACAACUUAAACGAUGCAUGCAAUUAUAGAUAUUUUCGUUUUAAAGCCGUAUACUGUAAACCGAAUUGUAAAUUUAGUUCUUUAGUAUUAUUUUUUUAGACUUUCUAAAAGUCCUUUUAUUGUAUUAUUUGACCAUGUGAAAUAAUUGUAAUAGUAAAAACUCAAAAUAAUAAUUUUCAACAUUGAUCGUUAAUUAGAUAAUUAAAAUAUAAUUUUUAUUAGACAUUCGAUAAAUCAUUACAUAUUUUUUAAAUUUAAAUUAAUGCCACACGAUUUUUAAUCGCCGGUUAGCAAUAUAAGUAAAUCCUUCAAAUCUGUAUUCUUACAACUUCGUUAGAUUUGAAAAUAUCCGCGUCUAAAAAUUAACACCUACGCCACCUGGUACAGAAAUAUUUCUCCAACCAUCCCGACACUACCGUGGUUCCACAAUCUCAGUCUUUCCAGGAAAUGGAUAAUUUCAUUUUCCCUUCUCCAGUUUAGCCAUAUACAUCGUCCUUUUCAUUCCUUUAAACUGUCACUGAACGACUCCACUCUCUGUAUACUCCAUAAUGAUCCAAUAGUCUGUGAUAUUAACCACUUACUCUUUAUUUUCCCCAGUCAAUCAACACAUCGUGAGUGCCUAUUGUCUCUUUUGAACGCCACCAAUAUCCCUUUUGAUACUAUAAAUAUUUUCUCUAACUAACAAAAAAACACCAUAUUGAAUAUAUUAUCUUUCUUUAACCAUACAGCUUUUUUAAUUUAAUUUGUAUAUUGUUAUUAUUCGUUUUCUUUUUUUUUGUAAACUACCUCUAUAUUAUUUUUAAUUAAUUGUAUCCACAAAGUUUUAAAUAAAAAUAAAAAAAAUAAUAUAAUUAACACUAAUAAAUUGGUGACUGUCGAUAGAUAAAAUUUUGUUCACACAAAUAAAGUUAAAUAUGUGUACCUACGAAAAGAUCUGCAUAGGAUUUUUAAAUGUUUAAACUGCAGGUUUUAUUUCAUUCAAACAAAAUAUUAGCAUUAUAGGAAGGGGCGUUACAGUUGAAAAUUUAAAAAAAUAAAUAUGUCUUCGAUUAAAAAUAGUUUUUUUUUUCCCCGCGGGAUCCAAUGUAAACUCUUAUAAAAUUAAAUUUAAUUCGUUGACUCUGGCUGUUGUACUUCACCUGUGGUUGUAUAUGCGGGGGUAGCCUAUCGUCUUCCAUCGAUAAUAUGAGUGUUUGGUUUCGGUGGCGGGGUGUUACGAGUGGUCGAAAACACGACUAUUUCUUUCGCACUUGUUGUAGUAUUUAUACCUUGUAUUAUUGUGGGGGACCGUAGUUAUCAAGAUAUUAAUAUCACUGUUCCAAUAAAAAAAACCUAUUCGCGCAUAACGAUUGUUUAUCAGUUUUUGUCGUUAUUAUUAGUAAAUAACUGGUAGACGCGAUUUUAUCAUUUUGUAUAUUUUCGUUCAACAAUAAAAUGUGCACAGGCGAGUUCUCUUCUUCUUUUCCGUCGGCCAGUAAGACACAAAUUUUGCGCAUUAAAUUAUGGGUUUUUUUUUUUCUGUAUAAUUUUAAUCUGGGACGCUAUCAUUUUUGGACGUAAAUUGGAUGCGCCGAUAAUACUAACGAUAUUUUCUUAGAGUUAGAUUUAUUAGGUUCUAUUGUGUUCAAACAGGAUUUACUAAUUGGUACGAGACUCGAAUCUCUUCCCGUACCUAUAUGUCCACAGGUCUUCUAAUAAACUUAAUUAAAUUAACGUUUCAAUUGGCCAAAUCUCAAGAGAAUUGAAAUCAAUUAUUUGCCAUCUGUAUAUCACACGCACGCAACACAACAAUUUAUUCGUAUUCUAUUUUCGACGUUGCUAUCAUUCUUAAUAGUGACGCGAUACGAAUUUCGAAAAUACAUUUGAUUAGUUGGUGUGUUGGAACCGAUUUUUUUCACCGAAUUUUAUUAUAGUUGUUCAUAAUUCUUUAUUAAGGAAAUAAAUUGGAAAAUAUGGUAAAGUCAAUCUCAAAUAGUUUCAAGUAUAGGAAAUGGAAUAAGACUAUUAAUUUCAAUAUGUUGUAUGUUCGAUAGCAUGCAAAAAUAAUAAUAAUUAGCUUCUUUCAGUGACCUUGAAUCAAAAAUUAAUAAAUAAUAUAACUUUCCAAAACAAAUUUUUCGUUUUAAAUUUAAAUUUUUUAGAUUCUAAGCGUAAAUUCUGAUUGUAUUGGUUUUACUAAUAUGUGUGUGUUUUUUUUUCUAUCUUUUUACAACUUUUCUACCAGACAUAUUUCUCCGAUAACCAACUUCAUGGCAAGUUUUUGGUGAACAUUUUUGUCUAAUUAGUGUAUUUAAGGUUAUUUUCAUUUUUAAUUUUCCUUAUAGUUUUCUGAUAGAGACAAAAUGUUGGUAAACUAAUAUAUUUACUAAAAAAUGAUUUCUGUUAUUUUCAAUUUUAUUUUGUUGUAAUUCAAUUAAAAAUAAAUCUAGGCAAUGAAACUUUCACCGAAUAUUUAUAUAUUAGCACUUUCUAGACGUAGUACAAUUUUCAAACCAUUCUGACGUUGUCUAAGUUAUUUAUAUAUAUUUGAAAUUGUAGUUUUUUUAUGUGGAUAUAAAUUGUGUAAUAUAUUGUAUCAGCGUGUAAGUUCAAAUUUAUUUUUUUUUUUAAAUGCCCUGGGGCUUUAUUAUUUAAACGACCUGAUCGUCUUUAUAAAUAUGUUUAACAGGAUAUAUCUUACAUACUAGAUGAUAAUAUAUAUACAUUACACAUUGAUGAAGUCACACUUCCAAUGAAGUGGCUCCUGUACUUAAUUUAAACACUUAAACUAAGUCGUAUGGUUUCAGACGUUUAAGGCGUCUAAUGUCUUUGGAGUUGUCUAACAGUUCGAUGGCCAUUGGGUUGAUAUGGUCCUCUAAUCUCCUCUCGUGUUUACGAGCAAACUUUUGGAUUUCUUCUGCUAUUGUAGGCAGCAUCAUAUCGCGGUGAAUGGUAUCGUUUCUUUCAAACCGGUAGGCUGCAGUGAUAGUCCGAAGAGCGAUGUUUUGGCAACGUUGUAUUAUAUCAAUGUUAGACUUACUAGCACAACCCCACAGUUGAAUGCCAUAGAUCCAAAUUGGUUUUAUAAUAGCUACAUAUAGUAGACGUUUGUUUUCUAUAGUUAACUCAGAGUGGGGUCCAACUAACCAAUAGAGCUUUCGCAUUUUUUCUUUAAUCUGUAUUUUUUUCUGACGGACAUGAUGUUUCCAGUUUAAACGAGAGUCAAGAUGCAUUCCAAGAUAUUUUGCUGAAUCUUUUUGUGGGAUUAAAGUUUGAUUCAGUAAAAUUGGAAUGUUUUCAGUUUUACGUAACGUAUAGUUGACGUGUACCGAUUUAUCGCCAUUUAUCUUAAUUUUCCAACGUCUCGUCCAGGCAAAAAUGUUAUUAAUUGAUGCUUGUAAGUUGUCAGUUGCUGUCAGCUGAUUCUUACUUGUCGACAAAAUUGCCGUAUCAUCGGCAAACAUAGCUGUCGUUAUGGUGUCAUUGUUAUCAUUGUUUGGUAUAUCAGCUGUGUAAAGUAGGUAAAGAAUAGGUCCUAAGACACUACUUUGUGGUACUCCAGCUGAUAUAUUUUUCCAUUCGGUUACUGCUUCUUCAUGUAUGACUCGGAAUGACGGUCGGUUAAGUAUGAUUCAAGAAGUGCACACCAGGUAUGUGGCAGUUGUUCACGUAGUUUGAUGAGGAAUCCUUUGUGCCAGACUUUGUCAAAAGCCUGAGCUACGUCAAGGAACACUCCACAGCAGUAAUCUUUUUCUUCAAGGGCUUUACUUAUCGCGUUAGUAACGCGAUGAUCGCGACUUGAUCGAUUGUCGAAUGUUUGUUACGGAAUCCAAACUGAUGGUCCGGUAUAAGAUGUUUUUCUUUUAUAAUUGGUUUUAGACGUUUAAGUAGAAGUUUCUCUAAGAGUUUAGACAAACUCGGAAGGAGGGAUAUGGGACGGUAAGAUGUGACAUCUUCUGGUGGUUUUCCUGGUUUGAGCAACAUAAUGACUUGUGCCCGUUUCCAUUGUUCUGGAAUGUAUUCCAUACGCAAAAUAGCAUUGUAUAUGUGCGUAAGAUGAAUGAUGGCCUUCUUAGGAAGCUCUUUAAGUAUUUUUUUAAUCUUUUUACGUGUUGUACUAAGCUGCGGACAUUGUACAAUGUCAAGCUCAGAGUCUAUGGCGUUUGGUAGAAAUACGCGUUCAAGAUGUCGAGCGUAUAUUUCUGCUUUUUCUUGUUCACUGCGAGCCCAGGUGCCAUCUUCUUUGCGGAUGGGUGGUACCUGAACACGAGGUCUCUUCAUAUGUCUUGUGGCUUUCCAUAACGAAUAAUCGGUAUUAUCCGUUGCAGAGAGACCACAUACGUAUGAUUUGAAAAUAACGUUUUUCAUCUCUUUGAUUUUGUCAUGAAGAAUUUUGCUUACACGGUUCCAUUCAGUUUUAUCUGUUGGAUGUCGUGUAUUAUGCCAUGUUCUUCUCGCUCGGCGUUUUUGUUGAACUAGAUUUUUUAUAUCCAUUGGGUAGGUAAUCUCGCGAUUAUCACCUGUUGGUAUUAUGGGUGUGGCCNCAUCUUUCGUCGUUUAUGUAUAACAUUAGAACUUAACGUGAGAAGCACUAGUAUGUGAUCUGACGUUAGUUCUGUAAGUUCUAUUACUUCGAUAUAAUUAGAAGAUAUACCUUUCAUAAUGAAGAAGUCAAGCAGGUCGGGAAUCUUGUUUGGAUCAGUGGGCCAAUUUUCAAACCAUUCUGACGUUGUCUAAGUUAUUUAUAUAUAUUUGAAAUUGUAGUUUUUUUAUGUGGAUAUAAAUUGUGUAAUAUAUUGUAUCAGCGUGUAAGUUCAAAUUUAUAUUAAAAUUUAUCAAAAAUACAUAAUUGUAAUUUAUUUGUUGUUUCAAGUUAAUACAAUUAUCAAUUUAAAUUUAUCAAAAUAUGUGUAAGUUACCGGAUUUGGCUCAGAAUUGUUUUUCAUUUGAAAUUAUUUAUCACUUUUUGCAUAUACUUUUAUAUAUACUGUAUACCUAAAUGGAAUUACCCACCUACAACAAUGGCUAAAUAUAGUGCGAAGUAUAUCAUCUUGAAUAUUUUUUACGUUUAUUUAAUUUUGAAUCAAGGUGUAUCUGAAAAUUUGUCUUAAAUUUCAUACAACUAGAAAGGGUAUAGCCAAAUUUUCAUUAUUUAUUCUACUAUAUUCAAUGUCCAUAAAAACCUACUAUUUUUUUUUUAAAAGUUUUUUAAAAAAUGUCAUUAAGUAGGUUUGUUAGGAUAUUUUACUAUUAUAGAGUAGUUUAAUCAUUUUUUGAAUGUACCAGAACCUAUAGUUGUAAAACAUUUUUAAAGUGAAAUACGAAAUCGAUUUUAGUUAGGAACAUAAUAUUGUAUUUCUAAUUCAGUAAAUAAUAAUUUUAGAUGUGUAAUUUACUAACUAAUACAUUUAUGUUUUACAAUUUAAUUCUAAGACAGUUAAGAUUUUUUUUUUCUAAUGCAACAAUUCAUCACGGUUAAUUUUAAAACAAUAAUUCACCUGUUUUAUAUCUUAAGGUGUGCGACCUGAGACCUUUUCGCAAUUUUGUUUUGCAGCUUAUUAAUUUUAGUAGGUAUUUAUGUAAUAAUUGAAAUAUCUUAAUAUUCUUAUUUAAUCUCAUAAUGACACCUUAUUUAUAUCGAUUUACAUUGUUUUAAUAACUAUCUUCUCGGAGAAAGCUGUUCGAUUAUCUAGAAUUACAUUUUACUUUAUAAUUAAAUUUGUUAUGUAAAAUGUGUAAUAUUCUGGACUUUUUGCGGUUUUUUUUCUACUACAGUUUACAGCGUUAUAAAUGAGUAGAUUCUGUAUGGUUUUGGACAUUAAAACCAUACCGAUAAAUAUAUAAUAUCUUAACAUCUAUCUGUUCUCCUAAUGGUAAUGGUAUUAAGGUAGUGGAGUUAGAAAUCAGCUGAAGGAAAGCUGCAGAGAACAGAUAAACAUUAAGUCUUCCUUCACACAAUCUUCCCGCCUUAACUUUGGUCUCCAUAAAAGUAUUUUCCUAUUUAUUUUAUUUUAUCGAUCUCUUUAGUUAUAUCAUGCCUCUAGAACUGUAUAUGAAGUUAAUUAGUAUGCAAUUUUUUUUUCCAUUCAUUGGCUUAGAUUGAAGAUUGCCAUUGAAGAUUGGGCCACAUACAUGUUUUUUUUCUUUUAAAACUUUUUUCUCGAAUAUAGCUUUCAUCAUUUCUGCUACUUUUCUCAAUAUGUGUACGUCUCAAAACCGUAUAUUGGUCAUAAUAAUGCCAAGCACAUCUUUUUAGAGCUUUUUAUUAAAUACUAUAUAUAAGAAGAUUGAUAUAAUAAUUAUUAUUAGUGUUCUGAACUGUAAGAAAAUUCAUAAAUUGAAUAUAUUAUUUUGGUUGUUUCACCUAACUAAUUUAUUAAUUGUAUUAAAUCGAUUAAUUUAAGUAAGUAUUAUAGAUAUUUGAUUUUUUUUUUUUUACUUAAAAAUGUGUUACUUGCCUAUUUCAUAUUAAUUUAAUUUGGUUGUUGGUUCGUAUAAUCGUAUUGUGUUUACACGUUGAUUUUAAAUGUCAUUAUUUUUCUUAUCAAAUGUAUAAAUUUUUAGUUAAGGUUUGCCAAUUAGAAUAGUUGAAAAAAAAAACACGUACGAAAAAAAAAAGCUGUGACUAAAUUAUAAAUAACCGUGAGGUUCGUGCCAUUGGUGACUAGUCGGAGAAAAUAAUAGACUAGGCCUUCCAUUAUGUAGUGUGUAGUAAAUGAAUCAUCGUCAUUGCGUCUUUAUAAAAAUAACAUUUAUUUUAUAUUUCAUUGAUCGUUAAAAUAUCAAUUCCUAAUAAAAAGUGAAGUACACGUUAUUUAGAACUCAGCAAUAUCGUACAUUUAAUAUUAUCUACUAUAAUUUAUUAUUUAUAAUUUAUUAUUCUAGCCCAAUUUAAUACAAUAAUAGAUCCAUAAUGUUUCUUCUUUUAUUUAUGCUUAAUAUUUUAACAUGAAUAUUAACUAUAAUAGCUAAUAUUAAUAUCAAUAAUUAUUUAUUAAGUAUAUGAAAAUUCGUAUUCACCAUGAAAAUAAAAAUCAAAUUGUUUAGAAUGUUAUAACAAUGUUACAAUAAUGGGAAAAACAAUAUAUUUUUAAAUUUAAAUAUUUCAAAACAUCGAGAGCUCAACCAUGUCACAGUUGCAUUUUGCUCAACUCUUAUCUUUAUUAUAACAUGCAAUAUAGCAAAAAUGUGUAGUAUUCAUGUAAAUCACAAACGUGUUUUUUAAAAAUCGAUUUGGAGAUAAAAACACCUAGUAUAGGUAAAAUUAUUUGUCGACUGUGACAUUUUGAAAAGAACCUCGUCGAAGUUUUACAACAAUUCUCUAACAAUAAUGAGUAGGUACGAAAAAAUCGUAUUUUACUUAAUUUUUUUUUCCCAAUAACUUACUAUAACUUUCUAAAUAAAUAAUAUUUCAAAGAACGCCGACAAUAUCUAAAUUAGGCACUAUAAUAUCGUUGACCUUUUUUCGUCAAUAUUGAACAAAAAUAGCCAAACAGACCAAUAUUUUGUUUAUUGAUGUGUGUAUACUUUCCAUUUAUAAUAAUGGAUAUAGGUACCUACAUUUUUUUCUGUUUUUAUAAUAUUACUGACAUAGAAGCUGAAAUUCUUAUGCAGUGGCUAAAUAUAACCAUAAAAAAAAUCUUAUACGGGGUGAUCAAUCUGUCAUAAAUAAGACGCUUGUUAUCUCGGAAAGUGUUAACUUUUUCCGGAAUUAAUUUUCUAAAAUAUUCAAGAAACAAGCUGCUCUAAAUUUAUAUUUUUUUUUUUUUUGGCAUCCUUAUUUUAAGGUGUAAAAUCACUACAUUUUUUUGAUUUUCAAAUGGUAACAUAUAUUAAAAAUUCCAUAAAUAGAUAAAGAAUUAAUUAAAAUAAAUUUUAGUGUUUAUAUUUUUGAUUCCUAUCAGUCUAUUGACGAGAUAUUCCACUUUUAAGUUUGGGUUGGAGGAGAGUAGUGGAGUAUCAUUUGUGUGGCGUGCGGCGUGUUAAGAAUGCACUCUCCCUCAACCCGAACUUAAAAGUGGAAAAAUUCGUUAACGGAUUGACGGAAAUUAAAAAUUUCAACACUAAAAUUGUUUUUAAUUAGUACUUCGUUUAUUUAUGGAAUUUUUAAUGUAGGUUGCCAUUUGAAAAUCAAAAUUGGAAGUGGUUUUACCCCCAAAAUUAAAGGUGACAAAAAAUAACAUAAAUAUACAAUUGUAGAGUAACUUGUUUCUUAAAUAUUCUAGAAAACAAAUUUUGGAAAAAGUAAAUACUUUCCAAGAUAACGAGUUUUUUACGAUAGAUUGAUCACACUGUAUAGUUAGACACGUGUAAAAGUUUACUAAAGUUAAUUUAGACUAUUGGAAUUUACAUACUUAUACGGGUUAUUGACAUAGUACAAUUGAACUGAGUAUAUAUAUUUAGGCAGCAAUUUUUAGAUAAAAUUUUUCAAUAAAAAAAAUAGUAAACAAAAAAAAAAUGCAUGAAUAAUGUGAACGAAUGCCUGUAGUUAAAUAUCACAUUAUUGUUAUCAGUAAAAUUACCACUUUGAUAAUGCGAUGUUAUGAAAUAUUUCAAACUUUAAACACUAUUAACAAUAAUAAUAAAAUUAUCGUGGGUAAAUGUUUAACAAUUUAUUAUUACUCCAAACAUAAAUAAAUAUUUAUUUUCUUAUUAGUGUCUAAUAUCAUAUUAUUUACAUAAUAUUGUUACGCAAUACAAAUAAAUAAUUACCUCAGUUAUAACUAUGGUAAUAUUAAUAAUAUUGUACAUUAUACUUGUACAAAUAAAUUCUUUAUCGCCUAAAUUCUUAUAUUAAUCGUAAACAAGCUGUUAUUUAAAAUAAUAAUUAUUAUUAUAUUAAGUUAGUUAUCUAUAAUAUUACAUAAUUUUUUUGUUUACCUAUACAAUUUUUUUUCUUCGAUUUACAACAAAAUGUUCUAUAUUCAAUUUUACAUGUCAUCUUUGAUUUGUACUGUUAAUUUUUCAAUUCGUCCACUCAAUGUAUACCCAAAAUAAUUUAAGUGAUUAUUAACUUGGAAAAUAUCAAUAAUUAAAGGUUUGAGAAUUUUUUUUUUCUUUUAAUUUUUUUCUAAAUAUUAACAAUAAUAAUUAUUACGCGAUUUGUGACAAUUAAUUAUCUCCUAAAUAAGUAUAAAAUGUAUUAAAAUUUACAUGAACACAUUUGUUGAUUUUUUCUAUCGAAAUGAUCGUAAAAAUAAAAUUGGGAACUAGGAAUCAAUGUAAUGCUACCAAUGCAUGAUGUGAAUCGUUCCAGAUCGAGUAAAAUGUAAUAGAUUAUUCUCCAAAAUAUUUUUCAUUCAAUCUUUAUUCAGUUCUUAGAACAAUUAAAAAUUAUUCAUACUGACGUUAAUAAUAAAAUCUUAAAAUUUAAAUUUAACGAGCAAACGAUAGAAAAGGAAGAUUUUGUAUUAAAUCUGCUAGUAUACGUUUAAAUUAUGAUGACGUUAAAACGGUUUAGCUGAUUAUCUAUUAUACCUGUGUACAUGUCGUCGUCGUGUAAAAAGUGAAAUAAAUAAGUUUAAAAAUAAAAAAACAUGUUUAAAUACGUUGUUGUAUUUCUAUAUAUGUAUGGAAAAAAUGUGAUAUCAUAAAUAAUUUACGAACCACAACGUAUCCAUAAUUUUUGAUUAAAAUCAAAAUUUUAUAUUUAAAAAAGACCAACAUAUUUCUCACUAUAACACUGGGUGGCAGUGUAAGACACUGUUUUAGGUGAGAAGUCAGGAAGGUAGGAUAUAGAAGGACAUUUAAUAUAUUUUUGUUUGCAACGAUUAAUCAUUGUUAAUAAAAACGAUUCUGAGCGGAGUUUGAAAAUUUAAUCUUAAAAGUCAAUUCUUAUAAUAAAAAAAAAACUUCAUUAAACUCAACUUUUUUUUAUUUACCACUACGUACAACUUAUAAUGAACUAACUGCUGCAUUUUCAAGCAUUUCUGUUUUCUCCUAUCAUUUUAUGCACACAGUACCUGUUGAAUAAAUAUUACGUAAAAAAAUCUCACAAAAUUAAAAUGUCAAUAAACAGCUCAAUCAGCUCAAAUGUUUUUAAAAUUGUACCACAUCUAUAAAAGACAAACACAAGAUUUUUGUCUAAAUUUUAAGUCUCUACGAAUAUUUUUAACUGAAAAAAAAAACAAAUGUGAAAAUAACACAUUUCGUACAUUUUCCCGUCUUUUCUGUGUUUCUUCCCAGUUUUUUCCAAUUAUGAAAACCGUUUCGAAAUCAAAAAAAUAACUUUUGAAAAAGUACCAAAAUCGUCUUUCAGAAAAAGUGAAAAUACACUUGAAAAUCGGAGUAAGCGGUAGAAUUGUUGUACACAGUAUAAAAAAAUAAUAAUAAUAAACAUCAUUGUAAAACCAAUACAUUCCUCGAUUUGCUCAUAAUCAAAAAGAAAUAAAUUUUUUAAAAUUUGAAAUCAUUUAAUUGCUUUUUACGACAGUUACGAUGAGUUCAAAAUAAAAUAUUAAUAUUUUUAAACAGUUUUAAAGUACUUAUAUGACAUGAAUCAGUGAAUGGAUUAGUUUUAAAUUGAUUUCAUUUUAAACCUUUUUAAUGCCAUCAUAAUAAUAUUAUCGUCUCCGGUUUGUUUAAAAAUCGGCUUGUAUAAAUUUACUAAACGUUGCAUAGGCUUUUAAAUAAUUAAUUUACACAAUGAAGAUAUAAUAUUUAGUAUUAUUUUUAUCCGUACCGUUUAUACAAUCGACAGUUAUAACCUACAAGUUUUUUUUUUAUAUAUAAUUAUUUGGGACGCAACUCGGAAUGAGUGUUGUGAGAAUCGACCGCGCGCUCUACUUGUACAAAUUAUAAUAAUUUUUCGUUACCUACUUAUUCGUAGAGACACUCGUCUGAAGGGGUAUGACGUAUACAUUUUUUAUGAAUAGUCGAAUAUUUUUCCAUACUUAGAUAUUGUAAAAUUAUGUGCUUUUUUAUAAAUGUUUUUCUUUCAGUCUGUGAACAACUUUUUUACUAGAAAUCUUACUCUAAUCAUUAACUUACGAAUAGUUUUUAAUAUCAAAUUAUAUAUAGUUGUUUUGACCGAGACUAAGAGAUUUGAUAUUCUUUGUACUUUGUUAAUAAUGGGGAAAAUAGGAAAAAAACAUUCAUCGUCCGUCUGUACGAUUUUUUAAAAACAAUUAUUUGGGACGCAACUCGGAAUCAGUAUUAUGAAAACCGCGCGCUCUACUUUAAUAAAAUACAUUCAUUUUAGUUCCCUAUUGUUCGUACAAGACACUUGUCUGAAGGGGUUGGGCCUAUUAAUUUUUUUUAUGAAUAGUCCAUUAUUUCUUCUUGAUUAACUAUUGUAAUAAUAUGUGCUUUUUUUAAAAAUGUUUUUCUUUCUGUCUAUAUACAACUACUUGUUUACCAGAAAUAAUUCCAAUCAACAACUUAAGAAUGGUUUCUAUUGGAAAAUUAAAUAUAGUUAGUGAAAAUAAUCAUAGAAAAUCGUAAUUUUUAUCAAACAACUAUACUGAUAAUAGCAUUUUCUAGAUAUGGUAUAUUUCAAAAAAAUAUUUUGCCAUUAUUAUAUUUUAAGUUAUAACUAUUUGACAUAUUUGAACUUUUUAGUUUUUCCAAUUUAUUAUGUAGAUAAUAAUUUUAAGGUCUAUAAGAUUCAUCAUAAGCGGUAGGUAGAUAAAGUAUGUAGUAGUAAAAAAAAAAAUUAUUGUUAUGUCGUGAUCCAUACACUACCACUUAAAUGUUAACGAACUCCGCUCGGAAUCGGUUUUCGUUUGCAGCGAUAAUUAAACGAUAAACCAUGAUACGAACUUUAUCAGGAAAGGCGAUUGCUCCCAUUGUCCCUCCCUCAAUUAAGUACGUGCUCGACUCAUCUGCCACAGUUAAUUUAUUCGAAUCAACUCGAGUACCUAUACAAUGAUAAAUUACCACCGAUAAUAUUUUGUCUUCGGUAUCGAUUACACCGCGUAUGUCUUUUAUUACCCUAAGAAGAUUGUAUGGUGUUAUUAUUUCUUAAAUUAUUCAUAAUAUGGUAUGUAAUAAAUAUAUUGAUGAUUUGAUUUUGUUUUCAAUACGAACAGACCGAAUAAAUAUUAUUGACUUGACCGGUUCCGGUUCCCAAGCUCGUGAAAACGAUAUGGGGCUUUUAUCUAAUAAGUGUGGGCAUUAUGACGUUUCCGUCGCUGUCAUAUUAUUUAAUUAUUAUCAUUAUUUAUAUAUAUACAGGGUGUUCCACGAAGAUAUACCUAUUGUAAUAUCUCCGGAGAUAUUAAAGAUAAUCAAAUUCCAGUUUUUUUUUUUUUUUUUUUUUUUACUAUUAUUCACAGAGAUAAAGAUUUACAAUUUUAUACUGCAACUAAUUUGUAUUAUUUUUUAAAAAAAAAUUGAAGAUAGACAUUUUAUAGAGUUUAUUUUUCUGAAAACCUUGACUUACCAACUUUUUCAUUUAAUUCGUGAUUUUUAAUAAUUUUUUAAAAUUCAAAGAAUAGUAGGUACUUAUAAUUAUGCAGAGUCGACUGUAAUCGCAUUUGCUGCUUGAUUAUUAUUAUUACGACUUAUUGACUGUACACUUUUUAUUUCUAAACUUUAAAAAAUUAUUAGAAAUUACGAAUUUAAUGAAAAUAGUUUAUGUAUGUCAUAAUGUUGAGAAAAAUAAACUCUAUAAAAUGCCUACCUAUCUUCAAAGUUUUUAUCAAAGCAUAAAAAAUAAAUUGCAAUAUAAAAUAUAUUUGUAAGUGAUAUACUUUUGAGUAACAAAAUUUGAUUAUCUUUAUUAUAUCUCCGGACAUAUUACAAUGGAUAGUAUAUUCGUAGGACACCCUGUAUAUAUAUGUUUUUUUUUUUAAUAUAAAAUAGAAUUUUCCAGUUCGGUGUGGAUUGCCAACUAUACGUCUGUCACAGUGUUCUAUAUUAUAACAUCAUUAAAUUAUUAUGAUUAUUAUUUAUACCAUUGUGUUGUCUUAUGUUAUCGGUCGGAGUUCAUAAAAUACCGUAUUAUUAGUUCGGUUGUCCGUAUAAUGUGAUAUUAUUUUUAAGAUGUUUCUAUUUGUUAUAAAUUAUGCUCUUUGUAUACUUAUUUUAACUGAUUUUUGGCAAAAGGUUUUAAAAAUGAAUGUUAAUAAACGGACACAAGAUAAUUUAGAUAGCUCCAACAAAAAAUCUAAAUCUGUAAGUACUCUUAAGAAUUCAAACUAUCUCAUUCACAUUAUAUAUAUAAUAAAACGUAAAUUAAUAAGAAUUACUAUAAACAAUUGUUAAACACAUUUUUAAAUUUAGAAAAUAGGUAAAUUAAAACAAUUGUCUGUAGAGGAUUGAAACAAAAAUUGAUUUUCAUAAUCUUGUAAAAGUUGCAUUACCUAUAUAACUUAUAAAUAGUUUUUACUGGGUAAGUAUUGAAAACAAAAAUGAUACUCAAUACAUUUAACUAUAAUAUAUAUUGGCUUUUUGCUUUAAGUUGCGUCUUAUAAUAUUAAGUUAUUAAUGUUUCUGUAGAACUGUUAAAUAUUUUAGUACAAAUCUUUAUUUUAAUACAAAUCUUAAUUUUAAUACAUCUAAAUACAUUCAACUACUCUAGUACAAUAUUAGUACUUUAGUAGUAGUCUGUUUAAGUUUAUUGUAAUGCUGCAUUUUGCAUAUUUUAAUUAGAUUAACUAGAAUUGUGAGGCAAGCUAUACUUGCAGCUUUGUUUGAAGCGACUGAACUUAUUUCUUCUACACUCGAUUCUCCAAGUAAUUUUAUCCUAUUAGUUAGGUAUUUAAGUAUACUAAAAAUUAUAAUUACAAUACAACAUAAAAUAAAUAACAGCAUUUAUAUUUUAUUAAUAAAGAGGUACGUUGUUUACAAAGUUAUAUCUCAGUAAAAUUAAAAUAAAAAAUAUAAUAAGCUCGAAUGAAAAAAUUUUCCGUCCAACCAUAAAAAUACACAUAUCCCUGUUAAUUCAAUCAAUUCAAUAAAUCGCAUCAGCGGAUAUAAAUGAACAGCCAAAAAGAACAUGAUAAUAUGCACAGAGGUCACAGCGGCCGGCCGUAAUCAUUUCUCAAUAGACACCAUGCUAAUAUCAAUUUUUUGUUUAGUUUUUUUUUAUUUUGUCAUAGAAGAUUUCAAGUCUCGUUAGUCCAUUAAUCACUAUUCUCACAUUCGUUUUAAAUACGCUCGUGCCGAAAUCGCUGUGUACUAUUUAAUAUUUGUAUAUAUGGUAGGUUUUAGAUUUUAUUGCUUUCGCUUCUCUUAGCUUCUAUCCAUUAUUGUCUCUUUUUUUUCUUAUCGUUUAAUUAAUUGAAUUUUAAUAGCGCCAAUGUUCACGAUUUUUUUUUUGCCCCCCCUCCCUCCUUUUCGUUGUUAUAGUUCAUCGUCGAGAGGAGUUAUUAUUGUUUUUAAUGUAUUCAUGCAUAAAUACCUAAAAUGUAAUAACAUUAAUAUUGUGAUAAUCGGUUGUAACCGUGGCCAAUAAGUGACGUGGUAUUAUAGCCGCCGUGCAAAUAAUUGGUCACUGGGAACUAUUUAGACCGGAACGAUUCAGUUUGACUCGGUCGGUCAGCAUAUGUAACUACAUAAAAUAACACGUCCCGAGUUCAGGAACUGACGUAAAAAAAAAAAAAAAAAUUUAUCAAACGUUUAAAAUUAAAAAUAAACCUUAUUAUCCUUCACUUUCAUCCUAACUAUUUGGGACCAGCCCCCUCGUCCUAAACUUCCACUCAGCCACAUCAUCCUCGCGCAUACGCCGACCGUCUUCGUAUUAUUCUCAAUCGCAAAUUAAAAAUAAUUCUAAGAUUACACAUACCUACUUACUUAAUUUCUUAGAUACUCAUAUCCGUUUCGGAUGUUGAAUAUUAUUUCUCAAUAUUGCUCCAAACCUACAGCGGAGUUUUUCAACCAUGAUAUCCAUAUCUCUGGUUAUUUAUCAUUGCGUGACCUAGACAUUUUAUAGUUAUAAGUAAUCUUCUUUUGCUUUCGCGUUCUUUGAAGUAUAUAAACUUAAUUUGGAUACACUGCAAUUCGUCCGUAGGAUCUUUAGAAUUCGACGAGCAGCCACAUAGCUUUAGAGCCUUGAUUUUCUUGCUUGGUGUUUCUGUAACGUCCAAGUUAACUAUUAGAGAAAGUAUAUUUUGAUAAUUUCUUUGAUCAUAUUUCGUAUACAAAAAUACAAAAUACAACUAUUGUAUUUGAAACACUACCCACCCCGUGUUGGAGAUUCUACAAUGUAAACGUGUUUUAAGUACUCCUAAUUAAACGACGCAAACACUUUUACAAAUAUUAAACCUAUACUUACUCAAAUUGAUGGAAAAAAUAACAAACCAAACCAAACGGACUUGUCGAGCGCUAAAAUCGUCGUAAUCAUAAAUGUAAAAAAUAUUAUUUAAACAUAUCGUGCGAAAUAUUGUAUGAUUAUUAUUAUUAUACGUUCGUACUUGGUUGUAACCUUAGAUUUUCGACUUGCGGAAGUGGCGGUCGACCGGAUGUAAACAUUGUAGUAUAAUAUUAUUAUUAUUAUAACUAUGUAUGUAUGUACGUACGCACACGCGCGCGGAAUUUAAUACGCAGGUGUUGCUACAGGGUGCCUCUUUUUGGUCGUAACACGUUUGGGUAUACAUCGACCCAAAGUUUAACACAAAUUUGGGUACGCUGUAUCAAUUGAAAAACAACAGGAUAGUACGAAUGUCUAAACCACCUGUUGGUUCAGACCUGUUACCGAACCGAGCGAGUUAUGACGUGUAAACUUAAUAUCACGACGCGUUUCAAUAAAACUGAUCGGAGGUAGUCGGCAUAAAAGACGAAAGUACCUAUGGGGAUAUUCGGUUUGUUAGUACAAAUUCGUUAACUUUUGCGAGUCGUGUUUCGAAAAAUAUUUUCGUAUCAAAUCCCGAGUUCUCCCGAAACGUCGUGUGUCGCCGUUUGAAAAUCCAAAUUGGAUUCGCGUUUAUUGUACCUACCGGCCAACAUGAACGGGGAACGGGUAGUACAAUUUUGAAAAUAAAAUGAAAAAUACCGGAAUCUGUACACAACUUUUCUUCGUAAUACAGUGUUCAGCAUAAUCGCCGGUUCGUGAUCAGAAAAAAAAAAAAGAAAAAAUUUACCCUGUACAUCGUAUAAAACAAUAAUUAAAAGAUACGGGCGUAAUGAGUUGUAGUAUUUAUUAUAUACAGUGUUUUUUGGAGGCUUGCGGCGGCGAGUGAAGGAAACGCGCCGUCGCGUAACCGCCGAGAAGGUCAUAAUGGUGUAUUAUAGUCGCGCGACGGGCCUGACGGACGUAUGUACGCCGGCGGUUCGGUUUAUUGCGCAAAGAAACGGUUAGGCGCGCGGCGGCGGAGGCUCGUCGGGAGUGAAGAACAGCGUGAGUAACGCAGAAAAAAAAAAAAUAAUAAUAAAUAAAUAAAGAAAGAAAGAAACGAAUACGCGUUUCACAGUAAUAACCGCCGAGACCGUCAAGAGUCGUGUCGCCGCGGCCGCGGUCGCGCCGCCGUCAUGACCGACCACGCUGGCGCGUUGGCGGAGGGAGCGCAAGCCGUUUCGUAUUGUCUCGAGAACAUGAGACGGUACCGGUGCGCGCGGGCACCGAGUCCCGGGGAAACUGGUCCGGUGACUACUAGGUACGACAACAAUAAUAAUACUUCUUUUUUUCAUUUUUUUUUUUUCUUCUCCGUAUUUUCCCUACCGUCCCGUGUAUAAAAUAUUAUGGUAUAAUAUUAUCAUUAUUAUACUGCAUGGUAUACGGCACGUUCGUCGCCGCCGCCGUACCGGGGCCCUCGUUCGCGCGCGCGGUUGUUCGCCUCGCAACGGCCCGCGCGUCGGCCGUUCCGCGUACCGACCCGGGCCGUCUGUCCGUCCGCGCGCACGGCCGUGUGCACUACUCCAUUGUGUCGCGCCGUACCCAACGCCGCCGCGUCCGCUCCCGUCUGCGCCGUGCGGUACUUUCCGUUCCGGUUAAUUAUUUUUAUUACAUAUAUAUAUAUAUUUUUUUUCUAUCGUCGCCCGCUCGCACCUUUAAACUAUGAGAAAAAAAAAAUUGUUUUUUAAAAAAAACCAUAAUACUUUCCGCGUGGUGUUUUUCCCCGCCGACCGUAGUACUUACCCGCGGCUACUGCUCGUAUGAUAUUAUUGUUCGUUCCUGAGAUUAUUUUGUCGGACAGCGCGAAAUCGACAGAAUUGAUAAUAAAAAAAAAAAAACCUGCUGCACGCGUCUUCUUAAAAUAAUUCCGAUAUUGUUUACCGACCCGCAACACACCGCGGGUUUUUUUUUGAUUUAUUGAUGGAUUUUUUUGUCCUGUUAAACUCAUAACCAUAAUGUCUCAAGUAUUUUCGACAAUAUAAUAUUAUUAUUGUUCAUUAUUCUCGAUUACGGUGUUUUUUUUUAUUAUUCAUGGGUUAUCAAUAUUGUUGUAUUUUAUAAAUAAUAAAUACCUAGGUGUAACUUUCUAGCGACCGGGGAGGAAGUAAAAAAUAAAUAUAUAUAUAUAUACAUGUUUGUUGGAAAAAAAGAAAAAGAAAGAAAAGUGGAUCUAGAAAUUUGUAUCUAAUCGUUCAUUAUCAGCAGUGCGGGAAAAGCGUGAAAAUCUGAAUUUCACAUCGUCUAAGGUCGAACGCUACGUAACGCCAUGACAGUAAGCCUUAGUCCUCUUAGUCGGUAUUCUGUAGUAAAAGCGUUUCGAAUUAUUGUGUUUCCUUGCACCGCCACUAUGUCUCUGAAAAAACAUUACAACCGGUAAACGGUGUGGUACUUUGCGAACGACGUGACAAUUUCGUUAGAAAAAAUAAUGGUUUUAGUGGAACAAGUAUGUAGUAAUAAGUAUACUAUUGUAAAGUAACGUUAUUCUAUAAUUAUUAUAUUUUUAAUCUCGAUCGACCUAUUAAUAUUGUUCAUAAACAUAUUAGCGAAUCAAAAAACAUAAUAGUUUCUCUUAUGUGAAUAAUUACAUAUUUUUUUAUGCUUAAUCUAAUAAACCGUUUAUCGGUAUUAUUGUCAAUCAAUACAUUUACAAUAAUUAAUGUUUGUCUUAAAAAUUAUUUCUUUUUUCAAAUUUAUAAUUAUUUAUACAUACUUAAUAUAAUAUGAUAUACACACACAUACACACACACACAUAAGCGCGCUUGCUUGCGUCUGCAGUAUUUCCCACGAGAUUUAAUUAAUUUAAGUGAUGAAUAAUAGUGUUUUAUUACGUAGUCGUUUGAAAUUAGAAAAAAAAUCUUUUUUUAAUUUACGCACUAAUGUAUGUUCAUGUAUCUAAAUUUUACAUAGAAUAUAAAGUGUAUUAAAAUAACAACCGAAUUUUCCAUUUUGUAUAUUCUCAUUUACAGUUUUAAUUUAUAUGAAGUGUGAGUAAUAAAACAUAAUAUGAAUUAGCGAAUCCUUUUUGACUCGUUUUCCAUAAUCCUGUGCAUUUAUUCGUUAUCUAAUUAUAUUAAUUGCCGAAUUAUUAAAAAAAUUAAUGUAUGCUUAUUCUUUCAGUAUCCACCAAUGACGAUCUUAUACGACCCUACAAUCAGAAAAGAUUCCACGACCAAUGGUGUUGCAUCUCCUCAAUUUGCCUCUGAACAAGAGUUGUGUCUGAGGUAUUUUGAUAAAUGGAGCGAACAGCACCAAAUCGAUUUUGUCGAACACCUUUUGUCGCGUAUGUGUCACUACCAACAUGGACACAUCGACACAUAUCUAAAACCCAUGUUACAGAGAGACUUCAUUUCACUCUUACCCAGUUAGUAUUAUAAUAUAAUAAAUUUAUGUGAAAUGUGAAUCGUUGUGAAAAAAAAAUAUUUAUACAUGUAUUUAUAUCUGUUUAUUAUAGAAAAAGGCCUAGACCAUGUGGCCGAAAAUAUUUUAUCCUACCUCGAUGCAGAUUCGUUAUACGCAGCAGAGUUGGUCUGUAAAGAAUGGUAUAGGGUGAUUUCUGAAGGUAUGCUUUGGAAAAAACUAAUUGAACGUAAAGUACGUACAGAUUCACUAUGGCGAGGACUUGCUGAACGAAGAGGAUGGUAAGUUGUAUAAGGAUAAUAUAGGUAUAUAUUAUAUUACAUUUAUCUACCUGUAUUAUCACAAUAUAAGUACCUACUAUUUAUAUGUAGGUAAUAAACACAUUUUUAUACUUUUCAGGAUCCGAUAUUUGUUCAAACCAAGACCUGGUCUACACCACCCAGACCACUUCUCCUACAGGGCUUUGUUUCCUAAAAUUAUACAAGAUAUUGAAGUAUGUAAUAAAUAAUAUUGUUUAAUGUUUUUUGAUUAUUAUAAAAUAAAUACUAUUUAUAUGUUGCAUCCACUUGAUGAAAUUGUCCAUUUGUGAAAAAUAACCCAGUUCAUGAAAUGGAAACAGUUUUUUUCCACUUAGUGAAAUAAAUACAAAUUUCAUUAAGCGGAUAUCUUUUCACAAAAUAGAUUCUAAAAUUUCAUAUUUUUAAAUAGUUGUUGCUUUAUCAGAGGGACAAGGGUAUUUGAGCAGGGCGUGUAAAAAAAAAAAAUGUAAUUCUAUAACUGUUGCACAUAUUUAAAAGCUAAACUAAAAUGUAAUAAUUGUUAUCACAAUUAAACUCAUUGUUUAAAUAAAUUAAAAUUGAAUUAAUAAUUAAUUCAAUGAGAAUUAUAAUAUAAAUUAAAUGUAUAUUAUAUUUUGUUUCACCAAGUAGAUGGUCAUUUGAUGAAAAAAAUUACAAGAUAUGAAAUUAUAGUAUCCAUUUUGUGAAAAGAUAUCCACUUAAUGAAAUUUGUAUUUAUUUCACUAAGUGGAAAAAAUUGUUUUUAUUUCAUAAACUGGGAUAACUUUUCACGAAAUGGACAAUUUUAUCAAGUGGAUGCGGCAUAUACAUCAAAAAGUAAAGUUAAUAACAUUGAUUUUUUAAAAUGAUGUGGAUAAACAUAAUGUUAUAAUUUACCCAGAUACUUUUAAACUUAAUUGGGUCUUUCAUAUUAAUGAGACUGUUUUCCUUUUAAUUAAAAAAAAUAACUAUAAUAGUCUAAUAAUAUAUUAUGGAUCUUAUAUCAAAACAGAUUUAGCCUCCAAAAACUAUGUGUAUGUAUACAAUUUUUAUAAUCGUCAGUCUUCAAAAUAUUAAGAGUUCAUCAACAAUUAUAUGAGUUGCACAAUUACUCUUAUUCUAUUGUAUGAUUUGUAUGUAAUGUCCAUAGAACCAAAAAAAAGAUUUUAUUCCAAUUACAUACUUAUUGUAUUUAUUACUUAGAUAUAUAUUGUCUAUAGUAAAUUUAUGAUUUUUAAUUUUUGUUUUUAUUAUUAGAGUAUAGAAUCGAAUUGGCGAACUGGCCAUUUUCUGUUACAAAGGAUAAAUUGUCGUUCAGAAAACUCCAAAGGUGUGUACUGUUUACAGUACGAUGACGAUAAAAUUGUCUCAGGUUUACGUGAUAAUACCAUAAAAAUGUGGAAUAGAACAACGUUACAAUGUAUUAAGGUAUUGGCAACUUUUCCUUUAAAAAAUAAUCAAAUGUAUAACUGACUUACUUUUUUUAGGUGUUAACUGGUCAUACCGGAUCAGUUUUAUGCCUACAAUAUGAUGACAAAGUAAUUGUGAGUGGUUCCAGUGAUAGUACAGUUCGUGUGUGGAAUGUUAACACUGGUGAAAUGGUCAACACUCUAAUACACCAUUGUGAAGCAGUCUUACAUUUAAGGUUUAGUAAUAAUAUGAUGGUUACUUGUUCAAAAGUAAGUUUUAUUGUUUUUCUUUAAUUUGACAAUGUGGCCAUAUUAAUCAUUUUUAUUACUAUUUUACCACAGGAUCGAUCAAUAGCUGUAUGGGAUAUGGUAUCACCUAGUGAAAUGACUUUACGUCGUGUAUUAGUUGGUCAUCGAGCUGCAGUAAAUGUAGUCGAUUUUGAUGAUAAAUACAUUGUAUCAGCCUCUGGAGACCGUACUAUCAAAGUAUGGAAUACAUCAAGUUGUGAAUUUGUGCGAACUCUUAAUGGUCAUAAACGUGGUAUUGCUUGUCUUCAAUAUAGAGAUCGAUUAGUUGUUAGUGGAAGUUCCGAUAACACCAUAAGGUUAAUUUUAAAAUAAAUUUAAUCAACUUUCUAUUAAUUUCUGUAAAAUUAAAUUUAAAAAAAAUUUAACUCUAGGUUAUGGGAUAUUGAAUAUGGUGCUUGUUUGAGAGUACUCGAAGGCCAUGAAGAACUUGUGCGAUGCAUUAGAUUCGAUAGUAAAAGAAUUGUUAGUGGGGCAUACGAUGGGUAAAUUUACAUUAUUAUUAAUAUAAUAUAUUAAAAUGUUUUCAAUAUAAACAAUGUUAAAAAUAAAUAUAUAUUUCUAGGAAAAUCAAAGUAUGGAAUUUAGUAGCAGCUUUAGAUCCCAGAGCUCCUGCUUCUACCCUGUGCCUUCGUACACUUAUGGUAAGCGUUUCGCACUACGUACACUUUUAUGAUUUGUUAUUUUUUCGUGAUUGAGAGAGGAGGAAUUUUUAUCCGGCAGGAGCACACGGGACGAGUAUUUCGACUCCAGUUUGAUGAGUUCCAAAUUGUCAGCUCCUCACAUGAUGACACUAUACUAAUUUGGGACUUCCUAAACUAUAAUGAUACAAACAAUUCGCAAGUGGGACCACCGAAUGAUGUUAAUGUUGUUAUGGGUGAUGACCUUAUGAAUGCUGCCGCAGUUAACAUCUUUGGUCCUCCAGGUAAACCAUACAAUCUUAUUAAUAUCUUAAGUGUCAUAAUACAUAAUUUUUAUGUUAAUUUUAGAUUUUGAGUGAUCCAAUGAUGGACUAGUCAUCCUUAAUUGCCGGAUUAGGUUCUUGUACAACUAUUACAGAACUCGUCAUAUAAUAUCACUUUAAGAUGGUAAAAUUUUGUCACAUCUUGUUCUCAUUUUAUUUAUUUAUAUAUUAUAUAUAUAUGUAUAUAUAUAUAUAUUAUAUAAUAUAAUUAAAACUACAGAAACGCCCAAAAUAACUGUGCCAAUGUUCAGAUGUACUUACAGAUCACCCAAAUAAAUAGGUACAAGUGAUGUUUCUUAUCUUGAAUAUAUAUAUAUAUUUAUAUUAUUCAUUUUUAGAAGCGCUUAAAUGCUUUAAAUUAAAUUGAUUUCAAACUAAAUGUCUGUGAUUUUUCAUAUGAAUUGUCAAAAAAAAACUUACCAGACAAGUGCAAUGACACUUCAAUACUUUCCUUUUUUAAUCCUUUUUUUCUUCAUCAUAAUUAUUAUACAUCAUGUUUGCUUAAAAUAAAUAUAACAUGUUUGUAGAUUAAUUAAUUUGUAUGUUUAUGUAAUAAUAUAUAUAUAUAUAUAUAUAUAUAUAUAUAAAAAUUAAAUGGCGCAUCAACUAAUAUUUGUAUAGUCCCUAUUUGAAUAAGUUUUAAAAUAAAAUUUCUUUGUAUAAAAGUGAUUUUGUAUAAUUUAUAUAAUUAUUAUUAUAAAAUACAAAUUACAUUAGAAAACAAAUAUUCUAAAAUUGUGUAAACUUCAUUGGAUACUAUACCCACAUCCUCGUAUUAAUAUUAAGUUAUUUGAAAUGCACCCUAGUGCACCAUCUUGUUGAUCAUGUGUCCAACUACAUUAUAUUAUGUUGACGUACAAACAUUAGAAAACCAUUGUUUAGACUCAUGACAUCGAGAGCUUGUACAAUGUGCACAUCUUAAAAGAAAUUUUGGACUAACAGGUUUGUUUGAUUGAAGAUGGUUUAAUACUAAAUCAGAAAUUGCAUCGAUGAACAAAGGAUGAUCAUUCGGUGCAGCAGCUCUACGAAUAUUUUUAAUACCCAACUAAAAAAAAAAAAAAUUGUUUGAUAUUGUUAUACUAUUAAAUAAAAUGUCUUACUUCUUCUCCGAGUUCUUUACAGUAUUCUAUAUCAAGUUCAUGUAAUGUCUCGAUGUGUUCAUUAACAAAUGCAAUAGGUACCAACACAAAAUUCUUUUUCCCUUGCUUUACAUAUCCUAAAGUGAAAAACAAAUGUUUACAUAUUAGGUAU